AUGCUACGAGUUUUGAUUCUAUCAAGUUUCGUGGCUGUUUCUUUUGCACGGCCAAAUUAUGGAGGGCCUAGAAAUAUAAUAACUGUGCCACCUAAUUGUCCUUCUGGUCAAGAAUGGAUAAAUGGAAUGUGCAGAGACGUUUGGCGUAGUGGUGUCACUCCUCCUUCAAUAUUAUGGGCUAAUCCAGACUUAAACAACGUAAUUACCGUGCCUCCCAAUUGUCCACCUGGUCAAGAAUACAUUAACGGACAAUGUCGUGAUGUUUGGCGUAACGGCGGCAGUCUGGCGAAUUCAAAUCUCUUCAAUUCUUUAUUGGAAAAGUGGAGUGAACAUGUUCGAAAAGUACAACAAUCAUACGGUAGUGGUUCACCAAGGAACAUUAUAAACGUUCCUAAUCAAUGUCCAAUUGGAUUCCGACCGGACGCCUUGGGAAAUUGUCGCCCUAUUCUCUAA